CUCGAUUACUACACUCCGGGGUGAAUGCGAAGAAUUGUCCAGACCACACCACCCACACGAGGCCGAGAGUCCUUACUGUAUCGCCGACAAAAUCCCCCCAACAGAACUCUUUUGGUGCUCGCGGGAUCUUCAUGAAACAACGUCGAGGGACCCGAGUCAGAAGGACCGACAACGUCAUUAUCAAUAACGUGCCCUAUUCUCUAUCAAGCUAUCAGCGAGAUGAUUCCACUCCGCCAAUCAAACAGGAGCCUAGAGAUCCCAUGAACGAGUUGAGCCUUAUAUCCUCCCUCAGACCUCUCCAACCUACAAAUACUACAAGACCGAGUGAACACCCCGCGGCCUCGGCCCAGGCAGACAUCAAACCCUUACUCCAGCCUGAAACCCGGCCCAUCUCCCGAAAACAGCUCGUUAACGAAGUCAAGUCGAAAUACGCUAGCCUCGUCAUGGUCGAGAAGAAGUGCGUCGAGAUAUGCGCGCAACAAGCUCAAACCACCACCAAACUCUCCAACGAGCAGUGGCAGGCAUUGAUCGCCUUACAUCGCACCCUCCUCCAUAAGCACCAUGAUUUUUUCCUGGCAUCCCAACACCCGACAGCAUCACCGGCGUUGCGGCGCCUACCCGCAAAGUAUGCAAUGCCGGCCCGCAUGUGGAGACAUGGGAUCUAUUCUUUCCUCGAGCUGCUCCGACACCGUCUCCCGUAUUCUUUGGAGCAUAUGCUAAGCUUUGUUUACCUCGCGUAUCAAAUGAUGGGGCUUCUCAUGGAAUCCGUGCCCGCUUUCCACGAGACCUGGAUAGA